GAAGAGAGUAUUCUCUCUUUGUCCAGCACUUUAGACAAAAGCAAUGAACAAUCUUCACAAAAACACAGCUAAAUCGAAAAAACGACCCCUUCCUUACAGAUCUCCACUCUUUGUUUCACUAAUUUGUGUCUUUACACUUUCAGUUUUGUUUGUCUACUUCACUUCGUACUCCAUAAAAUCUCCGAUCUCACAAUGCAGCAGAUUCACCGGAGCAACGAAAUUCCUGUGGUAUGCGCCGCACAGUGGGUUCAGCAAUCAGUUGUCGGAGUUCAAGAAUGCAAUACUAAUGGCAGCCAUUUUGAACAGAACUUUAAUUGUGCCUCCAAUUCUUGAUCAUCAUGCUGUUGCGCUUGGGAGUUGCCCUAAAUUUAGGGUUUUGGGAGCUAAAGAGAUUAGGGUUUCUGUUUGGAAUCAUGCCAUUCAGCUUCUUAAGACUGGGAGGUAUGUAUCUAUGGCUGACAUCAUUGAUAUUUCAUCAUUGGUUCCUUCUUCCCUUCAAGCCAUAGAUUUUAGGAUUUUUGCAUCCAUAUGGUGUGGUGUGAAUGAGGAUUUGAUAUGCUCACAUGAUUUGAAUGCCGACUCUGCUUUAUUUGAUAGCCUUAGACAGUGCGGAUCUAUAUUAUCUGGGUUUACUGGUAAUAUAGAUACGUGUUUAUAUACUGUAGAUGAAGAUUGCAGAACCACAGUUUGGACUUACAAGAAUAAUGAAGAGGAUGGAGUAUUGGAUUCUUUCCAACCUGAUGAGCAACUCGAGAAGAAAAAGAAUAUUUCAUAUGUAAGGAGACGUAAAGACGUAUACAAGGUACUUGGUUCUGGCUCUGGCUCUGAAUCUGAAUCUGAAUCAGCUGCUGUUUUGGCAUUUGGAAGCCUUUUCACUGCACCGUACAAGGGUUCGGAGCUAUAUAUUGAUAUUCAUGAAGCACGGAGAGAUCAAAGGAUACAAUCUUUGAUUGAAAAAACUCAAUUUCUUCCGUUUAUUCCUGAAAUCUUAAAUGCAGGGAAGAAGUUUGCUUUAGAGACCAUAAAGGCUCCUUUUCUUUGUGCCCAGCUCAGACUGUUAGACGGUCAGUUUAAGAACCACCGGAAAACUACUUUUUUGAGGUUAAAACAAAAGUUAGAAUCUUUAAAAGCGAUGGAUUCUCUUCCCGUUCAUAUAUUUGUCAUGACAGAUCUUCCUCAAGGUAAUUGGACUGGAAGUUACUUGGGGGAUUUGGCAAGUGAUCCAAACCAUUUUAAGUUGCACUUUCUGAGAGAAGAAGAUGACUUGGUGACUCAAACAGCAAAGAAACUCGCAACUGCAGGCCAUGGCUUGAGGGUUGGAUCCAAUCUAAGAGGUCUUGAUGGAAUUAGCAAGAUGAAUAUGCAUUGUUCUUAUCAAAAAUUCCCUGAUAUUCUUUUAUAUGUUGAGGAAAGUGUUUGUGCUUGUGCUUCGCUCGGUUUUAUUGGGACUGCUGGAUCAACUAUUGCUGAAAGUAUAGAGCUUACAAGGAAAUCUAAUGUAUGUAUAAAUUCAUAGUCGAAAUCUGACAUAUUAUCUGGAUGUUGUUAAGUUCAGCGUAGAUACGAUAUGGGUUGUGUUUAAUCCCAGUAAUGCAAGGUCAGUUAAUCUAAGCCUAUUACUUGCAUAUUCUGCUUGUAAAUGCAGUGGUAUUGCUGUAACCAUUAUUCUUUGAUGUAGCAAACUGGACAUCCAUAGUUCUAUUAACUGAUGAAUAUUAUCCUUACAGUGCUGACUCUUGUACUCGUGUUCCCCACAAUCUUUAGCUGCACAGCUGGAAACAUCUCUUUCCGAUACAUACCUUGUUAAUCUCUUUCCAGAUAGGCUUUCUUUUGUCUUUAUUCUCAGCACUCUUAUUUUUUUCUUAUCAAGCAUAUAUGGGAAUAUUCAUUCAGUUUUUCUUUAUGAUCGAAGAAUAACGAUUCAGUUACUGUCCAUGAAAUUUGUAUUUGUUGCAGAAAAUUUCACCACUUGCUAGCUUUUAUAGUUCAAAACUUAAAAUUUUGAAGGCGGUUUUUUUUUUCCAAUCUAAUUAUAUGUUUUCUUUGAAUUUUUUACUGUCAUUAUUUGCAAAUUCUUUGGCCUGCAGUUGUUGACUCAGUUUGAUAUUUAUUGGUCAGCAUAUAUUUAUCAAUAUGCAAUCUUCACUCUUCUUGUAUGUUUCUCCACAAAAUAUAUACUUUUUCAUGUUUUAGUUAUUUGUUUUCAGUGAUUAUUGACUGUAGCAAGUACGGUUUUUCCAAGAAUGUUGAUCACUGAAUUACCAUUUUAUGCUGUAAACAAACUCAGCUAAAUAAUGCAUGCAUAGUAUAUUAUAUUAUAUUUAAGUAAUACCAUCACUAGCCUAUCUGAUGUCUGCAUUUGCAAAAACCUUCGUGAUACCGUUGACGGAACAUGGACUUAGAUGUGUUCUUACUUGCUAGUUUAUGUUCAGAAAGCAAGAUUACAGGUGAUUACGUUCUGUAUCAUUAUAAAAAAAAAAAAGCAAACGGUGUCGUUUAGAACUCAACACCCAAAAACGAGAAAAAAAAUUCAAUAUCCAAAUAAAUUACUAGAAUAGCCGCCAUGGUAGCUGAAAGCCUGAAACAGUAACCGAUGGCUUCUGCUUCGCGUCUGCGUCUGUCAUGUUCUACUCAGUUCAUAAUUUUAAUAAUGUAGUCUGCCAUGGAUUUCUUUCUCACCGACCUCUGAAUCUAUCUUUCUCGUCUUCAGGUUUUGUCUCUUUUUAUACCUAAAUUAUGUAACUAAACAUCAGUUUCAUUUAUUUUUUGUAACUUGGGAUGUACAGUAUUUGGUAGACUUGCAAUUGAGACGAGGAAAGAGCGUUCAACGGCGGCUGUUAAGCAUUUGAUUGGAUCUCUCACCAAAACGUUAUAGUCCGCUUUAACGAACUUGUGAUGAAGAAGCUUUUGGAGGGAGCUUUGGAAACUUUCCAGAGAUACUCGGUGAAAGAAGAAGAUAUUGAUGAGUUCCAUGCAUAUUUGGCAUUCUAACAUGUGAUGACAUGGACCAGGCUUUAAAUCGAGCUGGGGGAAAAGCUGGGAACAAGGGCGCUGAGGCUGCUCUGACUGCUAUUGAGAUGACAUCCCUUUUUGAGCACCGUUUGAAGCAGUGAUCCUGCUGUGACAAAGAAAUCUGAAUCAGUCCCUUUGAUGUUGUGAAUCAUAUCAUAUGAUUAUUUUUUAUUAAUUAUGUAACUCUAAUCAGCUCAGUUCUGGCCUGUACUCAAUAAGCUACUGCUUCCACACAUGAAAAAAAGAAUUUUGCACCCUAA